GAAACCGCAAAGGGAUGCGAUGUGCUACAGGCUGGAUUCCUAUGGCUUAGGAUCGGGGUCCCGACACCCCAUGACGCCCGCGGCGCCCUCACAGGAGGAGGUGGAAGGCCCGGCGCACUACAUCCCCGUCAAGGCCUACUUCCUCUCCACCAGCAUUGAUCUGAAGAGCUUGCAGGCGGAGCAUGGGACCGACGUGGUACCCCCAUCGACCCGGUCGCUAAAUUACAUUGCACUCCGCUACUCCGUAUUCCCUCCUGAGAUCAUGGUAAGUGACUUCAUUGUAGCACCAUAUAUUCUGAGGGUCAAGAAUUUUAUUCAUGUCUGAUCAUUUGUUGAACAUGUUGUAUGUACAGCAGAUAAACCUCAUUUAUCUGACGUUGAUGUAGGACAUUGGAGUGAAGGACAUCAGAUUUUGCUAUCGCUAUUUGGUUGUCUUCCAAUAUGGUUCUGCUGUGCUCUUUAAUAUUGUUGAUCAUGAAGCUGAGCACUAUCUUGAGAUGAUCAAGAAUCAUGGUUCUGGAUGGCUUCCAGAGAUGAGGAAAGACGGUAUGUUCAUGCUAUUAACGAGCUGGUUGUUAUUGUUUAAACGACUAAAUAGUGUAAUUUUCCUCAUUGAUUUGUAUUUAUCUUUCUUCUUUUCAUUUCCAUGUAUGUGCACGAUCAAUCCAAUUUCCUUUGAUGAUAAUGACUGCUGAUAUUUGAUAAA